AAACAGGUGUGAAGAGCAGCUCAACCACACACUCAUGAACCUUUCAAACAUCAGCAGGAACUUCACAGCGCCUGUCAUCAGGGAGACUUUACAAGGAGUCAUCAUCAAGAAUGUGAUCACUGUGGUUCUCUGCAUCUCCAUCAACUAUGUCAACAGCACCCUGGUGCACACAUUCAUAAAACACCAGGUUUUUAACAUGAAUCCUCGCUACAUCCUCUACAUCCAUCUGGUGAUCAACGACAUCAUCCUCCUGACGCUGUUCACCCUCAUUCAAGUCGUGAGUUAUAUCGUGUGGACUCUCAACGUCUCCCUCUGUAUGACUUUGGUGCUCGCCGCCGUCUUCGCAACUAUCAACAAUCCUCUAACGCUGGCCUUCAUGGCCGUAGAGUGCUACGUCGCCAUUUGCUUCCCGCUCCGACACACGCAGAUCUGCACGGUGAAGAAAACGUACGCGGUGAUCGGAGUGAUUUGGAUGCUGAGUUCAUUUUAUGUCCUGCCAGAUUUAUUUAUCGCGUUGGCCACAGAGUCUGUGGAAUUCUUUCAUUCCAGACUUGUUUGCCGCACAGAUUACGUUUUCAGAAAUCCCGGUCGCAACGAGAGGAGAAAAAUAUUCAACAUAGUGUUUUUGAUCGGUGUUUGGCUCACUCUGUUCUACACAUACUUCAGGAUCCUCGUCACGGCACAAGCAGCCGCUACAGACGCCAAGAAGGCGAGGAACACCGUGCUCCUCCACGGCUUCCAGCUGCUGCUGUGUAUGCUCACCUAUGCUUACUACUUGAUGAUUGAAGGCCUGUUAUUCUUGUUCCCAAAUGGGAUCAUGGUCAUUCGCUUUGCCGUCUCCAUAUUUAUCCAUAUUCUCCCACGACUCAUCAGUCCGGUGGUUUACGGGCUGCGAGACAAGACUUUCAGAAAGUACUUGAAAAAUUAUCUGUUCUGUAUGACGAGUUCUGACACUCAUCCACAAAAGAAAUCUUAAGAGGCCUUUCCAUCAAGUGGAACAGUUCAGUUUGGUACAGUAUGAUAUGUAUUUUUUUGGGUUUCCAUUAGACGAGACGAGUACCAAAAUAACCAGGACCUACCAUUCCAUUUUUCGCACCCUUCCUUUGGGGUACCAGAGUAAGAUGGUACUGUCAGAGUGGCGGUAAACUGUCUCCACAAACGUCUCUGACUUGGGAUCUAUUCUCAUACAAAGCUUUGACGUCUUGUUGAAACUGAGCAGAAAAAAAGCUGCUGGAUGUCCUCCAUUGUUGUCUUUUGCAUCAUGUUUUAUGUUGUCGUUUGAUGUCGUCACAACAGUACGUCAUGCUACGUCGGCCCACACCCCACCUACCAAGUAUAGGUACUGUUCUCUUUCGAAACACAAGCCUCGCCAUUCUAAACUGUACAAAACUACCAAACCAAACUGUAUCACGAUGGAAGCACAACAUAUGAAGUUCUGUUUUUGUUUCUCCUGCUAUACUAGACUAAAGUAUGACAGUUUCUUUGGUAUAAUA